GGAUAGUAUCAUAUCAUUCUCCGCUUCAUUGGUUUUGAAGUGGUUCGCGUAUCUCAAUAGAAAAAAGAGUCUCCUGUGUCAGAAGACAAAUUCUACAGUUGCUAGAAACCGGAAAUACGCCUCAAACCCGUCGUUUAGGUCUUCUGCUACGACCCUUUUCAACAUCGCAGGACAAAACCACAGUAUACACUAAGCUUCGACCUCAUGUCCGAACUCGACGAAGCCAACGGGGUCCCUUACACAGCCGGGAAUUUGCACCUAGGCGAACGAUAUAUCAAAGUGGACAACAAGAUGCUUUUUCCCUGCCCACCAGAUGUCAACGUCCUCGAAUUUCCUCCAAAUAAGGAACUCAUUGUCGUCAUUAGCAAACAAAUAGCUAAGCUAGUGCUUGAGAUUGACCUCUCCGUUGUUUCGAAGUCUAGGCUCGUCUUCCGGCACACUUCUAUCCCCGUCCCCGAAGUGAUUGUGACUGCCUUUGAUGGCGAGGAAGGAAAUAUCCACAUGAGCAUUAUCCCAGGCACUUGCUUAGAUAAAAAGUGGGAUAUGCUGGAUAUCGAAUCCAAGGAGUUCAUUUGCCAUCAACUUUGGGACCUGAUAUCCAAAUGGCGAGAAAUUCCCCUCCCAUCAAAGUUCAAUAGUCUUUUUCAAUGCGCUGCCGAUGGCUCUCCAUCUAGGGAUCCAAUGCUUGCGGAUUUGCAGGACCCACCACGACCGCUAACGAGUGACUCGGAACUGCGAGAGCGGAUUUACGAAAGAUAUCUUUAUUUCGCUGGACGACGGUAUGAACAUACAUUGCCGGAUAUGUUGCCGCGUGCUGAGCGAAGUGUUUUCACCCACGGUGAUAUUGCAACUCGCAAUAUCAUGGUCGAUGAUGAUAACAAUAUCACAGGCAUUCUUGAUUGGGAAUACGCUGGCUGGUACCCCGACUAUUGGGAGUAUGCUCAGAUCAUGAAACCCGCCUUUUAUGGAAGUUUCCAGGAUUUCAUGGAUAAGACGGCACCACAAAGGUGGGAUCUUGGUGGUAUAAAUGCUUCGCGAAGGGUUUUGUUCUGA